AUGGAAGAUUCAAGAUCUGGGAAGGAUAUACAGUGUAGCUGGACAGUUUCAUUAAUUUUGGGCUCAAUCUCAAAUCUUUCUUGUGGGGGUGAUGAAAUGGAGGAAAAUGCAGCAGCUUUGCAUACAGCUAUGAAUUCAGUGCAGGCACUGGGAAGCGGCUUUGAUGUUAACUAUGAUACGAAGUUGCUUUAUUGUAAAGGAGUGGCAGGGUCAAGAAUUGUGGAAAUUGAUGAAGAGCACAUCCGUGAUUUGUAUUUGGCAGAUGAUUUGGUUGUCCCUAAUGUUUCUAGGGACAUCAAGAAUUCGCAAGAGGCCCGGGGGCGUGAUGGCUUUGGUGUUUGCAGUUAUAAUGAGAUGGUAGAGUACUUCAAUAAAAAGGCCAAUAUCUCUGGGAACGUUCCUCUUGGUAGUUUCAAUUCUGCUUUCAGCUUUACCGGUUCUAAGCAUUUAGAUGCUUCUGCCACAAAAAGAAGGGGCGGGGAUGAUCUUGAACAGAGCCACACUCAAUGGGUUAGAACAGUUCAAUCUUCUCCAGAUGUCAUUGAGAUGUCAUUCUUUCCAAUAACAGAACUUCUUGAAGGAGUUAGAGGAAAGGAGCAUCUAGCAUGUGCAAUAGGUCUCUACCUUGAAUACAAGCCUCAAAUUGAAGAACUGAGAUAUUUCCUAGAAUAUCAGGUCCCUCGGAUAUGGAGCCCUGUACAGGAUAGGUUCCCUGGACAACCAAGAAAGGAGCCUGUUUGCCCAUCAUUGCAGUUCAGCAUGAUGGGGCAAAAGCUAUACGUCAGCCAAGAGCAAGUGUCUGUUGGACGCAAGCCUGUAACUGGUAUGCGAUUAUGUCUUGAAGGAAUCAAACAAAAUCGACUUAGCAUUCAUCUUCAACAUUUGGUAUUUCUUCCCAAGAUUCUCCAGCCAUACUGGGAUACACAUAUUGCAAUAGGUGCUCCAAAAUGGCAGGGUUCCGAAGAGCAAGACAGCAGAUGGUUUGAACCAGUGAAGUGGAAAAAAUUUUCCCAUGUCAGCACUGCACCCAUUGAAAACUCCGAGACCUUCAUCGACAGCGCUCUCUCUGGUGUGUACAUAGUCACCGGAGCUCAACUUGGGGUGUGGGAUUUCGGGUCGAGAAAUGUCUUACAUAUGAAGCUUUUGUAUUCAAGGCUUCCGGGAUGCACAAUUCGUAGAUCAUUAUGGGAUCACGUUUCAAACGAUAAGUCAAGAAAACAGUUUUCCAGUGGAAGUAAUUCCGACGACUUGAGUUCAAGUUCCGGAGAAAAUAGUGUGAGCAACAAGUUGGCAAAAUUUGUCAAUAUGUCGGAAAUGAGCAAGGGCCCACAAGAUACUCCAGGACACUGCAUCCGCAGGGACGAAGCCACUUUGCGACUGGGACUACGACUUCAACUGUAG